GAUGGCCACAACAUGCUUCUGGAAGUCGACGACUUCGUGGGCUACCUCCACGACCUCUACGAAGACGGCAAGCUCGAGAUCCUGAUCAGGAUCUUCACGGUGUCGGUGGCGAUGGGCCCGAGCAUCUACCGCUGCCGCCGGAGGCGGCCGACCCCACUCCUGGCCGGUGGCACUCCGCCUGGGAGCGACGUGGACAGCGACGGGGAGGCGGGGCACUCCGUGGCAGCCUCCACGGACAAGUCCGAGCCCCCGAAGGACAUGCCACAGAUGAAAGCGAUGACGAGCAGCCUCCCGGACGAGAUCGCCCGCUCGAAGGCCGAGCCCCCUCGAGGACGGUCGAGUCACAGCCAGUCGUCGGCAGCCUCCCCUGGGGACAGCAGUCUCGCCAGCUGGGAGAGAGUGAGCAGCGCCUCCACCGAGCCAGGCACGGACAUGCACGCGAACAAGAUGGUCGACCGCUUGAAGAAGUUCGAGGACACCAUCAGCGCGGACUGGGCCGACUCGGGUCUCACCUCGAGAGUGGCGCCCGAACUCCGGGCCCAGACCUACGGCAAGCACGGCAGCGUGGUGAAGUUCGCGGCGGACUGGGUCCGCCUGAAGGAGCUGAGCCGCAACCACAUCGGGCACGAGAUGAUGUUGCACUGCAUAACCUUGGACACAGUUCGUACCCACCAGGCUGCCAUCAGCAACCCGAACGAGCUGAUUG